CCAGGGUUCGUGCCGCAACUGUGAACGCUCUGGAAGAAUCCAUGGCUCAUUUAGAUAAAGUAUCACUGAUGCAAGAGUUCUGCUACCAGUGGAGCCAUGUGAGGGGCCAAGCUCUGCUGGAUGUCACAGAGCGGAUCACAGUGCUUGUGGAAGGGGUUUAUGGCAGGAGCCCUGAAGUCGUCCAGUGUUCCACCCUGCCCAUGCUCUGGUCCCUGCUGGAGAACAAGGCGCUGCCUGUGCGGAGCGCCAAUGUGCGCCCUGUACUCACCUGGCUUGCCUCUGCCCUCUACGAGGUGAUGGGCACCAAGCUGGAGAAGUGUGCUGCCAGCCAGCCCCCACACGUGCGGGAAAACCUCUCCAGCAUCUUGGGCUGGUGAAGGCUGGAUGUUCUCCAGAAAGCUGACCCAGUGCUGAGAUGGACACCUCCG